AUGUCUGGCAACAACGAGAAAGCCGGUCUUCUGAAUGGCAAAAACAAAUUGCAGGCUGUUACAUUUGGCACGAAAUUGGAGGAUCCGGCCAAGAAAAUUUCAGGUAAUCGAUAAAUAUCAGAAUUUUGAGACUCUCAUUCGAGAGAACCAAUAGACAGCUAUAUCGACUAAUUUUUUAUCUCGGACAAGAAAGACGAAAUCUAUCACUAUAGCUCAAAAGAGCAUCCUAAAAUUAGUAAAAUUGCAAAGUUUGGUUGCGAAAUGUUGUAAAAUACGGAAAAUAUAGCCCUAAGUUGUGAAAUUAGCGAAUUUUCAGUAUUUUAGUAUACUACGCGCGGUGAAAAUAACAACUUUCGGCUCAAAAAUGGUUAUUUUUACCGCGUGUAGGCCUAAAUAUAGGAUAUUACACGGCGCCGGCGGGGAAAAGAUACGACUUUUAUCUUCCAGUGGUGAAAACACGAGAAGAUAAAAGUCAUUAAAAGUUUUUUAAUAAGGUGGCUCGAUACAGUUUUCAAAAAUUCAGGUGUUCAACACUUUGACAUGUAAACGUCUUUCAAAAUAAGCAUUCAUGUAAACGUCUUCAACCUUUGUAUACUUACUAAUUUUGAGGCGGUCUUUUUAGUGAUUUGGUAAUCACUAAAAAGACCACCUCAAAAUUAGUAAGUAUACAACGAAAAUUAGUAAGUAUACAACUUUCGAAAAUUGUGAAGUUACUGAUUAAAAGACUGUUUUGGGGACGCGCGUCUCCAAAAACAAAAAAUGCAGUACAUUUCGUAGUAAAUAUCGCGAUUUUCGAAAGCUUAUUAUUCGAAGGGUAUUCAUGUAAACGUCUUCAGACCUUAGCAUACUUACUAAUUUCGACGUGGUCUUUUUAGUGAUUUGGUUCAUUUCUUAAUUUGGGCACUUUUUAGCACUCGCCCCCAGUCCACUCAUCAAAUUCGGAAUGGCUACAGUUUGCAAACGAGUGCAUUUACCAAGGGGACAUUAUGGAGUCUUUGUAAUCUUGUAUUGUGUUUAGAAACGGACGAACCAGACGAGCCAGACAAAAAGUACACAAGACGAAGUUACGCUCAAUGGGAGACGAAGAAAUUGUACGAAAUCAUGCUGAUGGAAGAUAUACCAGGUAGGUUCCAGGUAGGGGUUAAAUCAUUCUCGUACCCAGAGCCCUUUUUACGCGCUUAAGAAGGGCUCUGGGUACGAGAAUGGGGUUACAUUACCUGAAUUUGUGAAUACCUGCACAGCUCGAUCUCUUCCGAAAGUCAAGGCUAUGUCUUAAUUGUAAAAAGCGUUCAAAUUAAGACAUUGCCUUAAUUUUAAACCUAACCGCCACCCUAACCUCUAACCCCUAACCCCUAACUCUAAUCCAAAUACUUGCAAGUGAUGAACCAGGCGGGAAUCGUAAUCGUAAUAUAAAAAUUAAUGCCCAGCAUAACGUACGCAAAAGAGCAAUAUCGACAAGGAUAUAUACAUAAAAUUUAUUUGAAAAGUACUAUAACGUUUCGUCUUUAACUUAAGACAUCUUCAGAGUAAAUGAAUAUAGAAUGACAAUGAGUUACAAAUAUGAAUAAAUUACUAUUUACAAUAUCAGAUUACAAGGUAAUAGGAAUGCGGAGGAUGGGGGUAAGGAAAGAAGUCAGAGAAGUGAGAGAGGAAUGGAGCUACCUUGCUGAUUCAAAGUAGGUUUGAGCUUUGAGAUAAGAAGACUUUCACGGAAGACUUUCACGAGAAGUUCAUCAAGAGAUAAAAAGACUUUCACGAGAAGUUCAUCCGAAGCCCACCCCAAUCCGAUCCAAAUUUAAAUCUGGCGACUUUUUUUUUAAGGCCAUUACUUUUAUAGCAAGAAGUCUUGUCUAAUGAUUGUGGUAUUGUUAAAUUAAGGCUAUGCUAUGCCUUAAUUUUGGAGAAUUUCAAAUUUAAGCCAUCCUUAAUUUUCAAAAAUUUUACAAUUAAGACAUAGCCUUAAUUUUGAGAAGAGAUCAUGUUGACAGUGUAUGAAAUUCAGUUGGUUUUUUUCAUGAGUACAUUCAAGUCAGUGACGAGGCUGAGGAAAUUUGAGUAUUCAUACUCGAACAUUCCAGGGGGUCCGGAAUAAUUUUUAAAGUCCGGAAUGGCCAUUUACAGCGAUUUCACGGUGAAAUUCAUGCAAAGAGAACAACAACAAAAAAAUUGUGUGACUAGAGGAAAAUUUAACCAAUUUUAGGAACCGCCUGCCAUGCAGGCUAGCCCAACAUGACCUCUGGCCUCGCUAUUGAUUCAAGUAGCAGGUGUUUUUUUCGAAAUAAUAGCGAACUUAAGCAAAGCAACCUAAUAGACCUUUCCCUUAUGAGUGAAAUUUUGAUCUAGAUAUGCCUGGACAAAAAUUUCAUCACAGCUUGAAAGAGCAUCACAAAAUUAGUAAUAUUAAAUGCGGAUAAUAUAGCCUUGAGAAGUUUGCCGUUUUUCAGUCAUUUUGCAUUACAAACGGGAAAUUGAUAAUCAGUUUGAUCAUCUGAUUAUCAAUUUCCCGUUUGUAAUGCAAAAUGACUGAAAAACGGCAAACUUCGCAAGGCGAUAUUAUCCCAUAUGAUUAUCCGCAUUUCACAACAUUUUGCAACGAAACUUCGGAAUAUAACUAAUUUUGUGAUGCUCUUUCAAGCUGUGAUGAAAUUUUUGUUCAGACUUGUCUAGAUCAAAAUUUCACUCAAAAGGGGAAAGGUCUAUUAUAACUACUGUUAUUAAGAACUUCAACAAAGCAGAACGAAAGUGCAGCGAGAACAGUUAAUAAUAUCACAUUAAUGCAAGAAAAUAGCAGAAAUUAAUAAUUGAAAUCUCACGGACGUUUUAGACGUCGCUGUAGCUCUGUUUUACAACGGCGAAAUACAGAUUAUCACGUCUUGUAUACAAACGCUUGCAUUCCAAGUUGGGAGCACUGCUAUUUUAAAUUGGGUCCUAGAACUUUUCUCAACCAUAAACCUAGUGUUAAUUUUGAUCCUAAAACUGUAUUAUUUUCACACGAUAGAUUAUAGACGACAGGUUUCUUCCGCAAUCAUUUAGUUCAACGAGUUUGUUUGCCUGUUUGUUUUGUACCACCUUGACAGGGUGGGUUAGGACAAAAACAGUUGAGAAAUAUAAUUUUUGAUUCCACUAACCUGUGCCGCGUCUUUUCUUGUCAUCUGCAGAAGACAAACGGCCGAACACGGCAACCUACGCAGUCCUUGACAGUGAACUUGGGAAGCGGGAGGAAGAUGAUCAGGAUUCUACUGACAACGUAAGGGACCAAGCCCUCCUGCAGUAUCUUGCAAAUCUUGCCAAGUCCAACAAGGAAGACGAUGUAUUUAAUUUCGAGUUUGUCGAGUCGCUUGUACAGGAUGGUGCGAAUAUCAACUGCAUGGACACCAACGGUCAGACGAUUUUUCACGAGGUCGCGAGAUCCUGGAAUGUUGAUGUGGCGAGGUUUCUUGUGGAAAAAGGUAAGUGUUUGGGUCUGGAAGAGAGAAGGCAUAGGUGGAAAAGGUUUUUCCUUUCGAGGAAUCAGAACGGUCCUUUAAUAAAAGGAAGACUGGUUAAUAGAAAUUGGUCCUUUUGAGUGACAUAAUCAUUUGUCGUCAUCGAUCCGUGUCGUUGAACAAUGAAAACAUUUGUCGUGAAAUUAGUGAAGAUAAAAUAGCGGUUUGUGGGAAAACUGCGGGUCUACGGAGCGGGAACUUUUCGGAUUUAAACUCAGCAUGUUCGAAAGUGUUAGUUCCCGUAAAAAUAUUUCGAUUCCAAGACAUGGGAAAUGAAAGUGAACCGGAUAUCGGGACGCAGCGGACGGCCUAUUAUAGUGUUGUAAUGUGAAGCAAUAUAAAUUCAAGAUAAAUCCUGAAGUAAUCAUAGUAGUUACAAUCUUACAAGAUUAGAAACAAAUUUCCUAAACUAUGAUGACCAAUUAACAAUUAGACAACGAGGCCGAGUUGUCUAUGAGCGAAUAGUCAACGAGGCGAAGCCGAGUUGACUAUUUGCUCAUAGGCAACGAGGCCGAGUUGUCUAAUUGUUUUAGUAUAAACUUUAACAUUAAUUUACAACUAGGCUGCAAACACAAUACAAAAAUACACAAAAAAACAUUAUAAAACCAUUAAAGGUAAACAAAUAUUUUAGUUUUUGUUCGCGUAAAAUGUUUUACAAAAUUCAGUUUUAAUUUUAAAAUUUCAUGGAGUGUAUGUUAUUUUGUCUAUUUUCUUACCCUUAAAAAUUACCAUUCCAUAUUUUUGUUGCUUUUUUCGGGGUUUUUUAGUACAGAAUUGUUCAACAAGUCGUCCAAAAAAUCAUGCAGACGAAUUUUCCGCCAUUUUGAAUUUUCUAUUAGUAGGCUAUUACUAAUAGCCUACUAGUAGCGUAGCCAAUCAGAAGGCACGAUAUGUGAUAGCCUACUAGUAGGUUUAUACUAACAUGGAAUAAGUUGUAAUUACACAACCAACGUUGUUUCAAAAUUUGAAGAAAAUUGGUACCCGAGUUUCAAAAUCGCAAUUUCGUGCGUCAAUUUCGCGGGGAUCCCGGAAUCCGUAUUUUUGGAUCAGGCAGAACUGCAAGAAAGGUUUUACGCUGACCAAACUGGGAAUUUGGUGAAACUACACCCAAGAUUAGUUCGCAAUGUCCAAUCUACCAGAACGUACGUCUAUUGUGUGAUAUUAUCUUAACCAUCAAUGGGUGAUUCCAGUUAGAAACUAAAUUUUGAUCAAGGCAAGAAGAACAAAAUCCAGCACCAUGCACAGUUAGAAAGAGCGUCUUAGAAUGAGUAAAACUGCAAAGAUUGGUUGCUAAAUGUUGUAAAAUGAAGAAAAUACAGCCAUGUAAUGUUCGCAAAUUUUGUAUAUAUUUGUAUUACGCGCGGUAAAAAUAACCGCUUUCGGCUCAAAAAUGGUUAUUUUUCCCGCGCGUAAUGCAAAUAUCUGACAAAAUUUGCGAACUUCACAGGGCUAUAUUUUCCUCAUCUUACAACAAUUCGCAACCACACUUUGCAAUUUUACUCAUUUUAAGAUGCUCUUUCAAGCUAUGGUAAUGGAUUUCAUUCUUGCCUAGAUCAAAAUUUCGUCUCUAGAUGGAAUCAUCCAUUAAUUUUACCUUACACAGGCGCCAAUGUCAAUCAUCAAGAUAAGUACGGUCGUUCUCCUCUUCACGUUGCCGCAGCAGUCGACUACGCUAAUAUGGUAGAAUUUAUCGUCGAAAAUGGCGGAAAUAUUGACAUCAAGACAAACGGCGAAGGACAAACUGCGAUACAUUACGCAGCAAAAAAUGACGCCGUCAACUCUCUUCAAAUGCUGCUAGACCUUGACGCGAAUAUCGAUUUUCGCGACAGCAGAAAUCGGACACCGUUACAGGUAGCCUUUUUCCCGUUUCACUGAGAAUGUCGCCAUGUGUAAAGCCCUGUGAAAUUCGCAAAUUUUGCAUAUAUUUACACUACGCGCGGGAACUCAUUUUUGAGCCGAAAGUGGUUAUUUUUACCGCGCGCAAAACAAAUAUAUACAAAAUUUGCGAACUUCACAUGCAGGGCUAUAUUUUCUUCAUUUUACAACAUUUAGCAACCAAUCUUUGCAGUUUUACUAAUUCUAAGAUGCUCCUUCUAGCUGUUGUAGUGUUGCUAGGUAGUGUGGGGGAUUGCCAUAAAUAUGACCAUAUACAAAAUACAGAGCCAACUAAGAGAGAGUUCAUAAUUCAUUGCAUUUCAAAAAGCAUUCUCCUAUAUUGUAGAGAGGUCUUAUUGAUGGAAAUUGUGCCUUUUAUAGGAGCAGUUGCGAAAAAAUAAUCGCAGGGCCGUAGGUUCAAUUCCUACCAGAGGACCUUGUGCGUUCCUGGUCAGGUCUCAAAAUGUAUAUAUAUAUAUAUAUAUACUCACUUGGAUUACAAACCCUAAGAACAGCAUUCAAAAACUAAAUAUAGACCUUCUUCCAUGAGUAAACCAUUCUCCUAAAUUCCCCCAGGUGGCCGCAGAAAUGAACAGUUUCAAAGCUGCCAAACUUUUGGUGACUGCGGGAGCGCCUGCUGGCGUGUUUGACGAACAGGGGAACUCUGCAUUAUCACUCCUUAUUGAAAAGAUUCCCGAAGUGGCGCUCAUAGCAUUGGACCAAUUUCACACAACAGACAACAUCAACAGGCGGGAGUUUUACUUUCUCAACUACCUCGAAGGCGCGAAACUGAAGGAAGAAUUGCAGGAAACAAAAGCGCGUUCCCCCCUGGAAAUAGCCGUCCAGAAUGAAAGGUGCGAACGAGAUAUAUUUUUCUUUUGUUAGCGUAGGUAAUGGUAUGGUCAUGAGUGCAAUUUGGAACAAUUUCACAAUUUUAUGCUUAAUUAAAGGUUUGAUGUCAUUAUGCAUCCAGUUAUGAGAAGACUUAUAGCGGUCAAAUGGAGGAUUUAUGGGAAGAGAGGUGCGAUCAUGGACAUGGCUUUAAAUCUGACCUAUACAAUGCUCUGGACUAUAGUAGCUGUGACAACACCGAGAUACGGGCAUGA